AGAGAGAGAGAGAGAGAGAGAGAGAGAGAGAGAGAGAGAGAGAGAGAUACAUACAUACAUACAUACAUACAUAGUGUAAUGGAAUAAUGCCAUUAUACCACACUUGGAUUAUCUCUGCUCAUGCAUACUAUUUCUCAUUGUGAAACUGGUAAGAUGACAUCACAGCCACAGAUCUGACUGGGCUUGUCUCCUCCCACCACGACCUCCAAGAGGUCUUCCUGAAUCUAUUUAUUUCAGAUGUCUGACCAGGUCAAAUGUCCAUCACAAUAGACAGACAGACAGACAGACAGACAGACAGACAGACAGACAGACAGACAAGACAAUGUUUCUUCUUCUGUAGUUUAUUUUCCUGCAGAGACUGUGGUGAACUAUCAGAGGAAACUUUUUACAGUGUGUGCAGCUGUGGUGACUCACAGCAGUUGUGUGUUUAAAUGUGUGGAGUCAGUGUGCGAUGCCAUUGUGCGACCAUGAAGCUGCUGCUGCUGCUCACUCUGCUCUCAGAGACACAGAAGCUUCUCUCAGUUCCAGAGAGGUUCUGAAGGAGCUGGUUGUGUUUUGCACAUUUUCCUGCAAAAUGUCCUGAAGCUUCUCAGAGAGCGAGUGGACGUGUGGAUGAGGUUUCUAACACGUGACGUGAAACCUGAAGAUCACAAACAUCUCAGGAUGAAGAAGAGGAGCCGGACACGUAGAAGACGAAGACGUCCACUUGGAAACACGAGGAGAUUCCAGAUCUUCUGGUGAUGAGGGCCGACGCCGGUGUGGACGAGAUGUAAACAACAACACUGAUCUUUCCUCAGCAGAGUUUAUACGUCAUGUCCCGCCUCCUGCUGCUCUACAGGCUCCGCCCCUGCUGCUCUAUAGGCUCCGCCCCUCACCUGGAUGCUCCCCACAUGUUCCUAUUGGUGUGAAGGAGUCGGACCAUCAACCUGCUGCUGCUUCACAGACACUGACUACACAACAUCUGGUGAAGGUGACAGCAGCCGGAGCGUUGCAGGCCGAGCCGGUGGCAACGUCACUCUGCCGUGUCGCUACACCAUGACGGAUCACAAGCAGCUGUCAGUUUGCUGGAAUCAAGGAGACAUACCAUGGAGUAAGUGCAACAAUGAGGUCAUCGCCACAGACGAGCUGGGCGUGAGAGAGGACAGCAGAGGGUCCAGCAGGUAUCAGCUGCUGGGACCACUGGACCAGGGGGACGUGUCCCUGACCAUCCUGAACGUCACAGAGCUGGACGCUGGACGAUACGGCUGCAGAGUGGACAUCCCCGGCUGGUUCAAUGAUGAAAAACACCACUUUGACCUGACUGUUGACUCAGUUCCACAGACGACAACAUCAGCGACCACCGAGACGGCCACACUGCAGACAACCGAUACACACACUGCAGGUCACAUGAACGCCACCGAAACUGUCCCGACUUCCUCCUCUAGCAGCGUCAUCAGACAGCAGGAGAGCAGCAGUGUGACCGUGGCUCUGGUGUGUGUCAUGUUCGGGUUGAUAGUGUUGGUCUCAGUGGGCGGAGUCGUCGUCCUCGUGAGAAAAUGGAUGCGCCUCCACAAAGUUUUGUGUCUGUGUUCCAGCCGUCAGCAGCAGCUCAACACUUCCAUCCAGUUCAGUUCCACGCUGCAGCUCCAAAGUCGGGAUUCUGCAGUGGAGAACAUUUAUCAGAUUGAAGAAGGCGUCGCCAGAGAUGUGUAUGAGUACUGCCCAUGAGGCGUGAAGCUCCGCCAACCGACCCGCCUGGGGUCAGGUCCGUCCCUCACAGCAUCAGAGACAGUGUGGACAUGGACAUUCCAGACCUCUGAGGUCACACUGCUGGACAUUUAGUAGAAGAAUAGUAACAACCUACGAGGCUCAUGGGUAAUGAGCGUCUGUUGUUUCCAGUGAGAGACGACAUGUCACAACAGGUUUUCAUAUAUUUAUCAGAUUCAUAAUAAAAGUUAGUUUAUCA